AAUGCCUUUAAAAUGCCGGAGAUGUCGAGUUCCAUCGGAGGGUUAAGGAGCUCCGCCGUUACCAUUCACACGUUCCUUGCCGUCCAUCUUCGGCGGUGUCCGCUUUUUCUGGUGGAGGGUGGGCGUGAGGCCCCGCCAAAAGCAGGUCUUAGCUGAAUCGAGGGGAGUAUCAGGAUGGCGAAUAGUUCGUUUAAGGCGGAGCAUCCUUUGGAAAGAAGACGGGCAGAGGCAGUACGUAUAAGGGAGAAAUACCCAGAUAGAGUACCGGUUAUUGUGGAGAAAGCAGAGAAAACUGACAUUCCAGACAUUGAUAAGAAGAAAUAUCUUGUUCCUGCAGAUUUAACCGUGGGUCAACUAGUUUAUGUUAUCCGUAAGCGAAUAAAGCUAAGUGCUGAGAAAGCUAUAUUCAUCUUUGUUAAGAAUGUGCUACCACCCACUGGUGCCAUGAUGUCAACCAUCUAUGAAGAGCACAAAGAUGAAGAUGGGUUUCUCUACAUGACGUACAGUGGGGAAAACACAUUUGGAGUAGGGUUAUCCUUGCCUGCAAUUCCGGCUUAGGGAAAGUAUAGCAGCGUUUUCAAUGUAAAAUAUCGCUCUGCAAGUCUGCCUUUUCAAUGUAAAUAAAGCUUUUUAAUAUUUUUCCUACCCUAUACAGUGUUUCAUGUAAAUAUUACUGCCUUGCGCAUACACAUUCUCUAGAUUCGAUCUUUCGGGUGCAUGGUUGGAGAACUUCUUUUGGAGCAUCUAUGCCCAAUGAAGGCCACCUUCCAGUUUGCUUGAGUUUGGAAGCCUCAUUUGUGGAUUUCUCAUGUCCAGUGGUGUAAAAUUUUUCAAAAGGCGCUUGAGCAACUUGGGGAACUUACUGGUUGUCCUACAACUUGUACUGAUUCUCCACAUUUAACAAUAGAAAUGAAGAGAUGCAGUGUUAA